GUUAACUAUUUUUAAAGUUUUACAAAGAAUUUCAUAUUUAUUAAUAAUUUUUGUUAUUUUUUCAAAUCGAAUCAGAAUUAACAUCGAAAUCUAAAUUUUCGUUUUAAAGUUUUGCAAAGAAUUUCAUAUUCAUUAAUAAUUUUUGUUAUUUUUUCAAAUCGAAUCAGAAUUAACAACGAAAUCUAAAUUUUCGUCGAAAUUUCAUUCUUUUGGAGCUUCCAAAUUUGAGUAGAAAUCGAAAUUUAAGACCUUGGCUCUUGGAGAAUCUCCCAUUUGCUUGCCACGCUCUCUCGCUAUCUCAACUGUACUACAGCCACUAACGCAAUCGUCACUGUUUGCCAGAGUUGGUUUCAUAUGAUUGAGAUUCUACGAAGGCCUACAGGUUUUCGCAACACUAUCUGAAUUACGCCUGUCAUGCUCCUUAGAGGAGUUGCUGUGACUUUUCUUUCCUCAAGAAGGUUCUUCUGUAGUAACAGUGGCUAUGAUCUUGCAAGUGCUGUCACAGAAGCCAACAGGGAAAUGGAAUCACUCUUUGGCGAAUUUCCUUCAACUGGUCAUGCUGGUUCUGUCAGUAGCAACUUUAUGGAUCAAGGACCCCAGCUUAUAUCUGAAAAAUUAGGAAAAAAUGAAGUUGGGCUAACCCACAUUGGCAAUAAAGGUGAAGCCCAAAUGGUUGAUGUCUCUUCCAAAAAGAUCAGCAAGAGAACUGCCAUUGCUAGUUGCAAAGUGAUUCUCGGCAAGAAGGCAUUUGACCUGGUCUCAGCCAACCAGAUGGCCAAGGGAGAUGUCCUCACAGUGGCAAAAAUUGCUGGAAUAAAUGGAGCAAAGCAAACAAGCAGCCUUAUCCCACUAUGCCACAACAUCGGGCUGAGUCAUGUUUGUGUCAAUUUAACGCCAAAUCCUAAUGACUCUAGUAUUAAAAUAGAAGGGGAAGCUGCUUCCAUGGGAAAAACUGGGGUUGAGAUGGAAGCAAUGACAGCUGUGACUGUUGCUGGCCUGGCAGUUUAUGAUAUGUGUAAGGCUAUUUCCAAGGACAUUGAGAUUACAGAUGUGCGGCUUGAGCGCAAGACUGGUGGGAAGAGUGGAGAUUGGUUCAGGAAGGAGUGAUUGUCUUUCGAAAAGAAAGUGUAAAGCCUUGCUGGAUUAGCAUGAAGGGGGAUUUGGUAAAGUGGAGGAGGGAAGGCUAUGUGGAGAGGUGCUUUGUUUGUGGUGAUUUGGUGCAUUUGAUUGACGUUCUGCUACUCUUGUUAAAUUGGUAUGAUGGAGGGCGGUGCUUUUGGUAUGGGUUUGGUGUUCUGAGAAUGGCCUUUUUAAAGGAGUUUCUUUGGCUAAUCUGCACAUUGAUUAUACAAGAUAUGGUUUCUUCUUUUGUCUUUCUUUUGUUUUGGUUCCAUUGUUUUUUUUUUUAAUAAAUGGAGGUUGCUUUAUAUUAUUUUUUGUAUCUAUAUAUUUUCUCUUCUUUCCUAAUAUACUUCUUUGGUUUUUUGAAAAAAAGAAUAGUAAAGUCCUUAUCCGCCUUUUCUUGGUUUAUAA